AUGCGUGCUGGGAAAAAUAAGCAAAGAAUAAGAAGCAAGAAUGGAAAUACAUCCAAAGGAAUAAGUGACAUGGAAAUACUUGUCAAAGAGAGGAAAUCAUACUUGCAGAAGGAAUAUAAGAUUCUCACUGAACAUAUGAACACAUACAUGGGACGAAUGGAGCACUUCCUACAGGAAAACAAAUACCUAGAAAAGGAAGCCCAACAGAACCAGGAAGAAAGCAACGCUUACCUCUCUCACAUAACAAAACACAGACAGAAGUGCCAGAAUCUGAUAAUAACUCUAAAUGACCAGAAUCACAGUGAUCUGUCUCAAGUCCAGAUGCAGAAAGAGAAGCUAGUCUCACAGUAUACAGAAAAAGAGAAGGAGGUAAGGAGCUCUCUGAUGAGUAUGGAGACAAAGUACUUUCUUAUGAACAAGGAAGUUGAAGACCUGCAGCCUUUCAAAGAUCCAUCUGUUCAGCUGGAACAGAUGAAAAAGACUGAAGAGCUGGAGAAGGAAUUGUUGGUCACAAAGACACAGCAUUCAGAUGAAAUGCACAAAAUCAAGAGCAGAUUUCUGCAGGCCAAGGCUGACUGCGAGAUGGACUUUCAUCAGAAGAUCCAGGUUCUCACCACAAGAGCAGAAGAAGCAGCAAUACAAUCUCUAAUUCAGCACAUCAAACAAGUAGAAGCAGAGAAUUGGUAUCUGCGCCAGGAAUUGCUCAGACUUAUGCAAUACUCAAAAAUCCUUAAAGAAACCAAAGUUCAGCUGAGAGAGCAGCAGCAGCAGCUCCUUUGGGAGAACAAACACACUUGGGACAUGGCAGACUGGUUACACCAGCAUGAGGCACGUGUUGUUCCAGUUGGUCCAACCAGGUUUUGA